AUUGUGGUGAGAUUGAUAUCUGUGGGCAUUUGCUGAGUAUUCACUGCCAGAGCCCUAUCAAUCUUGUCUUCCACCUCCACAGCAGAGAUUCACAAGAGCAGCUCUGGGCAGGGGCUGAAAUCCCUCUUUUCUUGUGGUGUGUGAACCUUACAAAAGGCUGGCUGCCUGUUAAAUGGGGUCUGCUGUUUAACACAGGGAACAUCAGACUAAAGGAGGCGGAACUACGUGGCUUACAUUCAGAAGGAGAUCUCAGUUUUCUUGCUAAAGCACCAGCACUUUCAGUGAAAAGAGAGAAAAAGAGAUUGUUUUACAGGUUCAGCUUUACUUGUAGUGAGGAGCGAGUUAGGACUCGCAUCAGGGGGGCGCAGAGCCAGGCUGGGAAGCUGCACAGGGAUGAUGGGCUGCCCACCUGCCACACACACAGCAUUGCCAGGCUCUUCACAGACCACCGUGCUAUGAAAUAGCUCUCAGGGUCACUUCUGGAUACGUUUGUGGAUUGGUGAAAUCUGAAGAUGUGAAGCUCAGGGCUUGCUGACCUUACCAUGAGAAUUUAUGCUCUCAAAUGGCUGAGGUUCAGGAUCUUGAAGAAAAGCACUUUGCUUAUUUUGCUGCUAUGGAUAUUGUGCUGGAUGUUUGUGAACACACUGUUUUUUGUCCAUAGAAGGGUGUUUUCAGAUUAUUGCACAGAUGAAGAAAGUAAAAACAUCCUUGCUGGGUUGUGUUAUGAAUACACAGAUGGAGCAGUAGUUGGAGACCUUUGUGAAGACUUAUGUGUGACCCAAAAGCUUGUUUACAAACAUUGUCUUUACUACCAUCGAGGUAAGAAGGUAAUUCAAGCUGAUUGGCAAGGAACGUCAAUUAUUUUGAAAUCUAAGAAUGAGUUGUUUUCAACAUUCCAGCCUCCAAUAUCAUUGGAGGGAUCUAAUACUCAAAUACCUUCAGAUACAGACAUUCUUGUGAUGGUUGCUGUGGAAAUUAAAAACAUCCUGGGUUUGGAUUUACCAAAUAAUACUGUGAUACCUCUAUGGACUGAAAAAAAGAAAAGCCGUAACUGGAAAGCUGAGUUGGCCAGUAUGUGGUCUUUAUUUCAGCAAGAAGAAUAUCUGCUCUUUAAUUUAUUGCAAGACUUUAGCAGGCAUGUCUUACAUGUCAUUGGGACCUGCGGUCAUUUUUACGCUGUGGAGUUUCUUACCGCUGGUCAUGCUUGGAAAGAGAGUCUGUUUUCUUUAGAAGAAGUUCUUAGUCAAUGCAACUCUGCUCAAAAAAAGGCGACUGCUCUCAUUGAUAUCGCAGUCAGUUUCCUAGACAUGGUUCAUCAAUUUGACAAUGACUUCUCUCAUCGCCUCCACCUCUGUGAUGUCAAACCAGAGAACUUUGCGAUUAGAAGCGAUCUCACAGUGGUUGCUAUUGAUAUGGAUAUGGCUUUCUUUGAACCCAAAAUGCGGAAUAUCCUGGAACAAAAAUGUACAUCUGAUAAAGACUGCAAUUUUUUUGACUGUUUUUCAACUUGUAAUUUAGAAACAUUUAAGUGUGGAGCACAAAGAGAGAAUAAUAAUCUACAAGUAAUCUGUGACAAGAUAUUCCGGCGCUGGUUUACAAGGAGCAUCAUGGAUUCAACCACUUCCUUUCCACUACAAGUAGAGCUACAUAAAGCCGUACAACAAUGCGCUCAGUCUGCAAAUAAAGACAAACCCUUUUCUCAUCUAUAUAGUUUACUGCGAGCAAGUCAAAUGGAACUUAAGAAACAAAAUGAUUAAUCAAAUCAUUAUUUUCCCUCAAUCCAUAACAGUUUAAUCAUAUAGUGCUGUUAACCCUGGUUAAAUGAAGGCAAGGCUAUGAAAAUCUCAUUUCAUUUUAUGAGUCUGAGUGAAGAAAACUUAUUUUUACGUUAGAAUAUUCCUUUAACCCCUUCCCGCCCUUAGGAUGUUCUAUGCCAUCUUAACUGCACUGGGCUUUAAUGCCCUUCAGACGGCAUAGAUCGUCCUAGCCUUUUGUCUGUACUGAAUCCAAAGGCGGUCCCUUAAUAGGAUUGCGGGCUGGAGGGCAUGCCUAACGUCAUAGGCACCCUCCCAGACACAAUCCCAUCAUUGAAAUCCCACGACCGCAUGAACGAUCGGAUGAUUUUACUUUUUAACUUAUUUGUUUACAACUUUGUUCUGAUGUAGACAAAUAAGUCCAGGCGGGAAGAAGUUAAUAACUCUACCUGUAAAGUUUGUAAUUGGCUGCAUCAAAAAAACCUUAUCUAAAAAGAAAUAACAGCAUCUAGAAAAAUUCCAUUGUUCAAAUAUGGAAAGUAAUUAUCAUUUUAUCAAAUACUUGCACUGAAAACAUUCCUUAUAGAAAACAUACCUCAUGUUUUUGAAACAAAAUCUAAAAGCAGAAAAGAAGAUAGGCAAAGGAGCAUAAACUAAAAAUAUAUUUUGCAAUAAAAUGUUUAAUUAUAAACAGUAGAAAAUAUAAUUUAUGUAAGAACUUAGCUUAUAAAUUAAUUUCUUUCAUAUUGGCAAGAGUCCAUGAGCUACUGACAUAUGGGAUAUGCAAUCCUACCAGGAGGGGCAAAGUUUCCCA